ACCAAAUUCCAAUAGUUUGUUUGCAUACUCAAACUAUACAUAUCAAUUAUAUAAGAUAUGAUAUAGCUUUUUCUUCAUGCAUGAUACUUUAUAUUAGAUUUACCAAUAAUUGAUUCUUCAAUUCUUUAGGGGAAAGAAUACACUACACACUUGAUCAAUUAAUAUGGGGUUGAGUGAUAUAGGUGCAAAGCUGCCACCAGGGUUUAGAUUCUACCCAAGUGAUGAAGAGUUGGUUUGCCACUAUCUUUACAACAAGAUUAUUGCUAAUGAUCAAGAUGCUUUAAAGGGUACUACUCUUGAGGAGAUUGAUCUUCAUAUUUGUGAGCCAUGGCAACUUCCUGAGGUGGCGAAACUGAAUUCAAGCGAGUGGUAUUUCUUUAGCUUUCGUGAUCGCAAGUAUGCAACUGGAUAUCGAACUAAUAGGGCCACAAAAACCGGAUAUUGGAAGGCUACCGGGAAAGAUAGAACGGUUUCUGAUCCUAAUACUGGUGUUGUAGUAGGGAUGAGAAAGACAUUAGUGUUUUACAAGAACCGAGCUCCAAAUGGGAUUAAAACUGGUUGGAUCAUGCAUGAAUUUCGCCUUGAAAACCCUCAUAUUCCUCCUAAGGAAGAUUGGGUGUUAUGUAGAGUAUUUUACAAGGCUAAAGGGGAUAAUAGCAACGAAUUCAAGUCACAAAACAAUGUUACUUCAUCAAAUACAGACUCAUAUCCUCUUCAUAUGACUGAUAACCAACCACCCGCGUGUGCUUGCUACCACCAGAUCACCGCCAACACCUCCCAUCAAAGUCCAUUGCUCCACGACCACCAUGAUAAAUUCAUCAACAAUAAUUUUAAUUAUGUUCUACCACAACUACUAGAAUCUACAAACCAAAAGAGUACUGUAUGCUCGAACACCAAGUGUCAAGAUCAAGAAUCUGGUUUGUUUUCUGACCUUGGUUUUGAUUUUAUCAUCCCUUCACCAAUGGAACUUGGAGAUGACAAUCAUGAGGAAAAUGGCAUGGUCUUCUUCUAGUUGUGUUUUGAUUACAUUAAUCAGGUAUAUAAAGUAUUAUUUAAAUAGAUAUAGAAAAAACAUUGAACAAUCCCCAUUUAAUUAUUUGUGAUACAUAUAUAGUAGUGUGAUUGUUUUGGAAU